CUUAAUGAUACCCGAUGUCAACGUUCAUUGAUGUUAGUGAAGCCGCAGUGUACAGACGCAUGAAGAACAACUGAUGAGUCAGUGUGUAACGAGUUGACUCGAUCGCGCCAUUGUUAUACGUGAUACGAUUUUGAAUAUAGAACUUACUGUGAGAGUAGGGUGAAGAGAAACAUCUGCAAAUCAAAGUAUGUUAAGCUGAUACAAGAAAGGAAAAUAAAACAAAAUAAAAAAUGGCGACUGAAAAAAACUCUUUGGUGCUAACUCCAAAGACACAGAAAGUAAUCAAAUUGGUACCGCCCGAUGGCGGAUGGGGGUGGAUGGUUUUAGUAGGGACAGCAAUGAGUAAUAUUUUCAACCAAUCAAUGCUGUCACUAUUCAGUUUGCUAUACGGAGACGCGUUAGAGGCAAUGGGGCACAGGACCCAAGGCGCCGCCAUUGUAAUGAGCACGAUGUUGUUCAUCACAAAUUUCGGCGGCCCAAUAGCCGGGGCCGUAGUUAAGUUGACAUCAACAAGAUUUGUAGCGGUAACCGGAGCGUGUUUCUGUACAGCCGGAAUUUUCUUCAGCGGAUUUUCAACAAAUAUCUUCCAUUUGGUGUUAACUUACGGCGUCCUAUUAGGUUUGGGUUUGGGUUUUAUCCAGAACUCAUCAUUUGUGGCUAUAAAUAGCUAUUUUAAGCUGAAGAAAAGCCGUGCAGUGGGUCUUGCGAACGUGGGCACAGGUGUGGGACAGACCUUAAUGCCUCACUUAGUGAGGUACCUUCUAGAACAUUACGGGUUCCGUGGCGCUUGCUUGCUGCUGUCGUCUCUGAGUUUGCACGGGAUUGCCGGUACCAUGCUUAUACAACCAGUAGAAUGGCACAUGAAGAAAGUAGAAGAAGAAGUAGCAAUAGACGAGAAUCUACACUUAUUACAAGACAAACCAAAGGACGGAGUAAGAAAAUCAUCACAGACCAACGGUGAUGCUCAAAAUCAGGCAAAUGGAAGUGAAAAAUCUAACUGGGGAAGCAAAACGAGCAAUAAAGAAUUAAACGGUGGAAACGUAAAUAAAUCAGACGCGAAUGGUGCAAAUGGAGUAUUAUUUAAGCCAGCACAAAAACCGACCGUACUGCAAAAAUUAUACGAUCUCUUUGGUAUCUCUCUACUGUCAAACACGAGGUUCCUGAACAUCGUGAUUGGUACAGCCUUAGCUGUAACUUCGAUACAAAACUUCAGUAUGCUGUACCCAUUCUUUUUGCAGCAUGUAGCAUCCAUGGACAAACAGCAAACUGCCAACUGUAUGUCAGCAGUCGCUGGCGCCGACAUAGCCGGCCGACUGAUCCUGCCAAUCUUCCAAGACAAGUACAAAAUCAAGGCCAGGUGGAUGCUCAUCAUGACAAGCACCUGGCUCAUCGUCGUCAGGCAAAUUUUGGCGUAUCAGACUAACAUUGAAGUGUUGAUCUUCAUGUCCUGCCUUUAUGGUGUUGGUAGGAGUAUGAUCAUUGUUGCGAGGAACAUCGCGAUAUCGGAGCAAGUGAGGAUGGAUCAAGUGCCCGCUGCCGUCGGCCUUGGAAUGUUGACAAUGGGCAUUAUAGUACCCCCAGUUGGCUACUUCCUAGGUUGGGUACGAGACUACUCGGGAAGCUACAUAACGUGCAUAACAGCACAAAACGUUCUUCUUGUAAUACUCCUGGUAACAUGGAUCCCUGAUAUGUUGUACUUAGUAAUGAAAGAGAGAAGACAAAAGAAGUUAGAAGCGGAACAAGCCCAAACAUAGGAACUGACUAUUGUAUAGUUGGAGUUAAAUUACUUAAUAUUUGGAAAUACUCUCUAGUGCAGUGCACUAUUCUGUCAUGACAGACAGGAGUUUAGUUUCAUAAGAUGAGCAGAAACGAUCAAGAGUUCCGUAGUCAAGAUAAGCAUACAGUAUAAGAUAAAGACACAAUUGAUUGACGUAUGACAGAAAUAGUUCCUACUUAUAAUAAUACUAUGAGUUGUGCCUUCUACAAAGAAUGUAUUUACUAAACAGACAAGGAAACGUGAACAAAACUGAGGCCUUUUAAUAGUGAUUCUGAUUUCGAAUAGGAGCUUCAAAGUUCAGUGGUCAUAGGACAUUUUUCUUUUGAUAAUAUGACCAAAGUACCUGAAGAAUUUAGUGUAACGGCUGUGAAAACACGUUUAUAUUUAUAGAGAAUGCUUGAAGUUGAUCAAUUUGUACUUAGUGAUGAAAGAAGAGUGGAACACUUAGGUUAUUAUGUUAAUAAAGUUACGAUUUACAUUCCAAUGACUAUUUUGACAGUGAAUUAUGUGACAACAAAUUGUGAAGAGUUAGUUUGUAAGAGAAAAUAAAUGCAAAAUGAAUAUGAAUACCUUAACUAGCCAUGCUUAAAAUAAGACUUAAUUUUAGAUCAUCAUUGUAAGUUUUGUAUAGAUAGGUACAUUUAAAUUUCUAGUCUAACAAAUAAAUAUCGUUAUGUUUAAA